UACUGCCCUUAAGCCAUGUAUUUUUAUAAUGCACUUGCAUGCCAGUCCUGUGACAAGUUGAGCAACUGGACCGACUUGUUUGUGAGAAACUCCGGGUAGAAUAUACAUUUCGGUGGCUUUGUAUUUUUUGCCACAUUGUUAUUUUUUCAUUAGCAGCCCAUUUCCUCUUUAUGUACUCAAGAGGUCCAACUUAAUACCCAAGGCGUGGGAAAACCUUAUCCCCAUUUGCUGAUGGAAGCUGUGCAGCUGUGGUGUUCGAGUGCUUCCGCUCCAGUCCAGCUGUUAGCCAGACCGCAUAUCUGAAAGAUGACAUUUUGAGGAGUUGCCGUCAUGCUUGUAAUAUUGCCCUCCCCAGGAAAUGCAGCACAUUGAUUUUCUCUUACUGGAUGUAAGUCAAGAUGCAUGCUGUUUAUUGAUUGUUUGCAACUGCUUUCACGGACUAUGAGGCGAUUGUUGAUGGCCUCAGUGAACCCGAGGUUUUGUUUUUUAAGAAGGCUUUGUCAGUGAAAGUUUCAUAGUACCCUGAAAAGAAAGCAUGAGCCUGCACAGACUGGAGAGGCGUGUUCGAAAGUAUGCAGGAGGACUUAAGAGCGGCACUGUGGAGAAAAGCCUAAAGUCAACAAGACGGGCAAUUAGGAACUAUCGCACUUAACUUCUUGAAUGGAGUAAGAACUCCCAUGAACUUUGACAAGCCGAACGGGAAAUUAAUAUAAGCUGGUUCCAACAAUCCCGUCUUGCUUCCUAUCACCGGUGGUGAUGGGGAGCUCGGCCUCAUCCCUCACUGCGGAGACUGAGUCAGACCAUGGUUUCCGCAGCAACACUUACCCGUCGUCGCCCCCGGUGGGCUGGCUCAGGACCAGUCACAGCAGCCCGGUGUGGGGCACCAGCUUUAUCACACGGCAGCAGCAGCAACCUGCGCUGCCUCACAGAGAGCGCAGCCACUCUCACUCUCCUGGCUCCAUGGCAGCUGCGGUGCGAGGCAGCGAGUGGUCAUGUGGACGCUGCACCUUCCUAAAUGUGGGCGGAGCACCCCGCUGUUCCAUCUGUGAGGCCCCACGCCAGAAACCCGACCUCAACCAGAUCCUUCGCCUGAGCAGCAGCGAGGAGCACCGCUGGGCUUGCCCCCGCUGUACCCUCAACAAUCCUCAGGGAUCGAGAGCCUGCACCGUCUGCGGGUUUGGACCGUCCACAACCACACCUUCACCUGCCAUCACGACCGUCGCUGCCACUUCAAACGGUCUCCCCCCUGCUCCUACGGAAGCCUUGACGCCAACCGUCAAGCCCACGGUGCUUUCAGAACCCCAAGGACAGGUUCCGAUGAAAGAGGACAUGUUGAGACACUCUGAGAGUAAUGGAGAGGUGGCUAGUUCAAACGUGCAGCAUCUAGGAUGGGCUUGCCCUCGCUGCACACUUCUCAACACACCUGUUGCACUGUCCUGUUCAGCCUGUGGUGGACCCAGGAAACUUUCUCUACCUAAAAUCCCCCCUGAGGCACUGGUGGUGCCUGAGGUUCGCACGCCUGUACUGGGGUUCCCGGUGGGCUCAGCCGGGACCGCCCCUCUACUAAUAGACUUAACAGAUGAUUCCCCUCCACCUCCUCCAUGUGACACCCAAGAACCUCCCCAUGUGUCCUCACAGCCCCUCUCUUCUGCUUUUAGUCCUUUCUCCUCCCUCCAGAACAACCCUGUGCCACGAAGUAGGAGAGAAGUUCCCCCGACAGGGCGGCCACCAAACCCAGGUAAUAACACGCCAAGUCCCACCUCUCCAUCAAGCACGGGUGUGCCCCCACAGCCUGGUCCACAGCGUUCUUCCAAACCCAAACAUGCCCAACCGCAAGAGCCCUCGUACCCCAGCAAGCGCCUCAGUAUCUUGGAAGAAGACGAAACGGUCCCCACCUGGAAGUGCCCAGGCUGCUCUUUGGCUAACCCAAGCGGGUUGUCCAAGUGUGAGACCUGCCGAUCAUCGCGGGCUGGUGCUGACUUGAUCGAUUUGGGUUGCGAGACAGUACGCUUCACCCCGGCCAGCCCCUCUAGCCCAGACUUCAGCACCUGGGCCUGCUCUAAAUGCACUUUGCGCAACCCCACAGGCGCUCCAAAAUGCUCAGCCUGCGGUUCGUCCAAGCUGCACGGCUUUCAGGAGCAGCAGGCGCCCCUACCCCGCUGCUGUGCACACUGCGGCCAAGUCCCAUCUGGGUCUGGCACAGCGUGCUCCUGCAAUCCCUCGUCAGCUGCAUCCUCAUCGGGUCAUAAAACACGGAAACAGGGCAGAGGUUUCCCCUCCUCGUCUGCGGCUUCUUCUAGUUCCUUGGAGAGGACAAAACAGUGGAGCUGCCCAGCGUGCACGCUACUCAAUGACAUCAAGGCCAAGAACUGCGCAGCUUGCCACACACCCCAGCAGUACCUCACCCUUCGCAAGGUGGUCAAGCCUCUGAAGAGGAGGGAAAGCAUGCACGUGGAGGCCCGUCGGCGAAAUGAUGAAGGUGAAGCCAAGGAGCUUUGGGAAAACAUUGUCAGCUUCUGCAGAGAGAACACGGUGAACUUUGUGGAUGACAGCUUCCCCCCAGGCCCUCGGUCAGUAGGCUUCCCCGAGGGGGACAGCGUCCAGCAGCGAAUCAAGAAGUGGCUCCGCCCCCACGAGAUCAAAUGCAGCAACUUCAAAGACCGAGGCGUCAAGUGGUCCGUUUUCCGCACGCCACGACCCUCUGACAUCCUCCAAGGGCUGCUGGGAAACUGCUGGUUCCUCAGUGCUCUGGCGGUGCUGGCCGAGCGUCCCGAGUUGGUGGAAAGGGUAAUGAUUACAAGGACCAUCUGCACGGAGGGAGCCUACCAAGUUCGCUUAUGCAAAGAUGGGACGUGGACGACGGUGCUGGUGGAUGACAUGCUCCCCUGCGACGACUACGGCUUCCUCCUAUUCUCCCAGGCCCAGAGGAGGCAGCUGUGGGUGGCGCUCAUUGAGAAAGCCCUAGCCAAGCUCCACGGCUCCUACUUUGCCUUGCAAGCAGGGCGUGCCAUCGAGGGCUUGGCCACACUGACGGGGGCUCCGUGCGACUCCCUGAUGCUGCAGGUCAGCUCCACCAACCCACGGGAGGAGCCCAUCGAUACGGACUUGAUCUGGGCCAAAAUGCUGAGCUCUAAGGAAGCCGGGUUUCUGAUGGGCGCCUCGUGCGGAGGAGGCAACAUGAAGGUGGAUGACGCCGUUUAUGAAUCGCUGGGAUUGCGACCUCGCCAUGCUUACUCCAUCUUGGAUGUACGAGAUGUUCAAGGAUACAGGUUGCUUCGCCUCCGUAACCCGUGGGGUCGAUUCUCGUGGAACGGCAGCUGGUCAGACGAGUGGACGGACUGGCCGCAGCACCUGCGUCAUGAGCUGAUGGCUCACGGGAGCAGCGAAGGGGUCUUCUGGAUGGAGUACACCGAUUUCAUCAAUUCCCCCUUCACCAUGAUGGACCGAGGCAGAGUCCGCAUCGAUCUGCCUGUCGAUGUCACGAUCCAUUCUUCCCUGACUCAUGAACAAGAAUCCAAGGUACUUAAUCUCUUCCACUUGGGGCAGGAUCUUCUCCCCGCCCCACAUAUGAUAUUCCAGCCUUUCCAGGGCGAGAGUCAUGGACUCCGACAUGGAGAACAUUUGGAGCAAAUAGCACGCGAAAGCUCAGUGAAGAAGAAGUCCCACACCAUCGACGGCAUGUUUGUUCACACCGUGAGGUCUGAGUCUGGAAUCUCCAAGUUUACUCAUCGUCUGUCCCUCAAAGAACGUCCCGCCAAAGCUGAGAAGACCACAUCGGAGCGAGCCCAUUCUUACCGGAGACGCUCCCUCAGUGUUGAUUGUGGCCGUGUUCCAGUCAGUCGGCAGGCUGACGAUAAAAGGAGAGGGAAACCAACAAAAAUCUGCUUGCCGUCAAUCUCCCUUGUUCCUGGUCUGGCAUCCUCACUCAACUUCCUGUUGUGUAUCCGGGGCUCUUCCUAUCUGGUCCCAUUGGAGGGGGGACCCAAAGAGCCGUAG